GAAACCGAAGAGCAACAAGCUUUGAGUCUUCCCAUCCUAGAGCAAGAAUCUUUAACAGACAGAAACAGUUAGCAUAUAAAGUGCCGAUUGCUGUAUGCUGAAAAGAUUUUAUCUUAUGGAACAUAAAUCACAUUUAAACCACAUCAGAGAACCCAACACAGAAGGUACAGUUUAGCUGAAUUUUGUGCUGCUCUUGAUACUAGUGUUGUUGGAAUUUGCACCAUGGCAUCUGUUCCAUCAGCUGGUUGCCUGUUAGCAAAAAAUCAGUUCUACAGAGCAAGGCUAAAUUCAGAGUCUAGUAUUUGCUCCAGUAGUUCAGACUCCGGAAUCCCAACGGAUCUGGAGAAAUCUCAUCAAGGUUUGCCUGAUAUGGUUGAAAAAUGCUGGUGGCUAAAAAACUUUUUUCACUGUGAGCAAGUCCCUGUGUCAUCUGUGAGCAUUGUCAUGGCUGCUCAGAAGAACCACAGCUGAUUGUCUCUGUCUACAAAUGUUAUUGCAAGAAAAUAACCCUGGCUUGCUUCAGUGGAUACCAAUGGAGAAAUUUACCAGCUACAGUAUAUUAUCUGGAGACAAUCAACUCUGCAUAUGAGAAGAUAAUUAAUUAUAUUCUCUUUUACCCAAACAUGUCAACCUAAUCAUUUUUAUUUCAAUCAAAAUGUUUAAUCAGACUAAAAAUAUUGUAUUUUUGCCUGAUUAAUCAGACUGAACAUCAUCAGAUUUACAUUUGGAGUUGGGGCAGAUUACUCAUACCCAGCAAUUGGGAUGCAACUGCAAUUAGAUUAAAAUAGUAACAAUGGUAUUAAGUCUGCAUCGCAGAACAAAUUAUAUUGCCAAACAAUAUACCUAUUAUUCAAUAGUAAUUCAUUGUUAUCCUAUUUGAAAUAUAAUAUUUUAAUUGAGCACGCGGCUAUUAUGUCCAGUAUAAUUAUGAUACGAAUGUGUGCAAAAGACAAUAGGGGUCAUUCCGAGUUGAUCUUGCCGUGCCAAAUUUAGAUUAGUUAUAAUCAGGCACUGAGACAUGCAGGGGGAUGCCCAGCACAGGGCUAGUCUGCCCUGCAUGUCAGUACCACCCUCCCCCCCCCCUCCACAGAAGUGCUAAAGUAUCGCACAGGGGCGAUGCUUUUGCAUUUCAGGAGUAUCUCCAGGCCAGCGCAGCUCCUGCGGCUGGCCGGGAGAACCUCUUCGCUGCCCGGGUCAUAGCGGCUGCGUGAGACGUCGCGCAGCUGGCGAGGCCCGCCUCCCCCAAUGGUCCAGCCACACCUGCGUUGGCUGGACCGCGCCCCCUAAAUGCCCCUCCCGCCCCCUCCCACCCAGCGACUGCCUCUGCCUGUCAAUCAGGCAGAGGCGAUCGCUAGGUAACGACGGCCUUCGGCCGUCUGGCAUGCGCCGGCACACUGCGGCGUUGGCGCAUGCACAGUUCUGACCCGAUCGCACCGCUGCAAAAAAAUGCAGCGUGCAAUUGGGUCAGAAUGACCCCCUAUAUGAUAUGCACCUUUUAGUACCUUAGUUGUUUCAUGUUUGCACUAUAUUAUUAUUGUAGUUUAUGAGAAUACAUGCACAUCAUCAAUUGUCAUUCAGAAACAAGUUCCAGAAAUACUGUAUAAUAAAACCACACAGUGAUAAUGUUUUCAGAACCAUUACUAUAUCACAUAAAUAGAAUAGGAUUUAGAGUUGACACUACAUUUUAAGUUUAGUGUUUAGAACUCUUGUUAUAGGGUGGUAUUCACACUGAGCAAAUACAGCAUAUACAUAGUUCGAUUCUCAGUUAUUAGACUUUAAAGUUUGCUGCGGAACAAAAUUCUUGGAUAAUAUAACUGUUCUUUGACUCCGAUACAGAUGCGCAAUGUUUAAGUAUAAGAUUGUACACAUUUCACAAUACUAUUUUUGCACUCUGUAUUUUGCUGCAUUUAUAUUUCUAAGGGCCUGAUUCAGUUGUGAACACUAAUAGCACUUCUGUGUGAAAACAUGCAAAAUGUGCAGGAGGCGUCUUGUAUAAGAAGAUGCCCGCUGUCAGCUUCUCUGAUCUGCUGCUAUGUCCGAAGAUGCAGCAUCAGAUCAACUGCGCAAACUUUCUUGGCAGUACUUUUUCUCUGGAAAAAUAGGUUCAGGAAUGGGUCUGGGGGUGGCGCUAUAAAAAAAAGAGAUAGAUAGAUAGAUAGAUAGAUAGAUAGAUAGAUAGAUAGAUAGGUAGGUAGGUAGAUAGAUAGAUAGAUAGAUAGAUAGAUAGAUAGAUAGAUAGAUAGAUAGAUAGAUAGAUAGAUAGAUAUUCAUGAUUAAAUAAAACUUAGUUAGAUUAGAUAGAUAGUUUUUAGAAAAGAAGGCACUCAAAAUGGACUGUAAAAUAAAAAUUAUCUUAUGGAAAUACAUUUUGGCCCAAGACAGGUUCAGGAUCCCAGUUCCUGAUUAUGUAAUAUUUAACAAGAGGUUCAGGAACCGAGUUCUUGCUAGUUCCUGCUGAAAAAUAGCACUGUCGCUGGGCCAUCAGACAUCUGAGUAACCCUUAGAUUACUCAGGUUGUCUGGAACACUAUACUGCCAGGGCCAAUGAAACUACAUCCCAGGACACAGCUACAAGCUUCGGCACACCCAGAAAAUGGGGCCAACAAGCCUUCCUUUUCUGGAACGUUUUCUGUUGCGGCCCCCAAAUACCAUCAGUAUGUAAAUCAUGCUGCAUCUUUUGAAGUGGUUCAGCUUUUGGAGCACUGCACAGAACCAGAUCUCCACCAGAUUAAAAAAAAAUCAGAAAUUGGCAUGACCAUCGAAUUACCAUCCAUCUCUGAAUAAGCGCCUAAGAACAGAUAUGGGAUGGCAACAGCCAAUUCAAUCUGCAAUAUGGUGUGGCUAGGGUAGGACUGGGAAAUGUUUGAUAAUUUCACUGGUAGAAAGUACCACAUUUUGUGGCUAAAUAUGGAAUGAGACAAUUGCAUCAACACCAUUUAAAACAUAAACUUCAGCAUAGUGUAAAACCUUAAACUGAGACACAACUUUGAUUGACUGUGAACCCAUACAGUAUGUAAUAUGAUGUAUAUUUUCUUGCAGAGUCUAUGCUUAGAUUUAAAAGUCUGUUAUUGUUUUAUUAUAUCCAUAUUUUUCAUGGGUAAAUGGUUCAAUGCUACAUGUUUUUAUAUGGUGUUUGUAUUUUGUACAGAUAUAUUUGUAAAAAAAAUAAUAAAAUAAAAUAUUGUUAUUA